AUGACAAGCAAUACUCUUUCUUUCAAUGCCCCACAAACCUUCAAUGGUGAAAAUUAUCAAAUUUGGGCAGUUAAGAUGAAGUCUUAUCUUGAGGCUUAUGAUUUGUGGGAAGUUGUAAUGGAAGACAAACCCAUACAACAACUCACUGAAAAAUCUUCUGAUGCUGAAAUCAAACUUCACUCAGAAGAGAAAAUCAAAAAACACAAAGCCAAAAUUGUAAUUCAAAAUUCAGUUGCAGAUUCAAUCUUUUCUAAAAUCAUUGCAUGUGAGACAGCAAAAGAAGCUUGGGAAAAACUUGAGAAGGAGUACCGAGGAAGUGAACGAGGCAGACAAAAUCAAAUUCUAAAUUUGAAAAGAGAUUUUGAAUCUCUUAGGAUGCAAGAGGGUGAGACUAUCACUAAUUAUUCUGACAGGAUUUCCUUGAUUGUCAACAGAAUCAGGUUGCUUGGUGAGGAUUUUAAAGAUAAUAGAAUAGUUGAAAAGAUUCUUGUAACUAUUCCCGAAAGAUUUGAGUCUAAAAUCUCUGCUUUGGAAGAGUCUAAAGAUCUCUCUACCAUCUCUCUUGUUGAAUUGAUAAGUGCUCUUCAAGCACAAGAGCAAAGAAGAGCUUUCAGACAAGAUAAAAUUGUUGAAGGGACUGAUAAGUGGUCACUAGCUCCAAGACUCUGUUGGACUGCUUCACUAGCUUUCUUAAUUCAGGUGAACUUGCUUUCUGAAGUUGGUGGUUUAUAUCUAUCGUUUCUAAAUUCUGUGGGUUCAGCCCUUUUGUAG